UCAGCGUAUAGAGUGCAUGAAUAAUUCAGUGAAUGUGAAGCCGUGGUCUGCACAGCCUGGUUACGCUGUUAUUGCGAUCAGGAUGUCGGCUCCUCAGCCUUCAGUCGAGGCCUCCACCUCUCCGACCUCUCCCGGGUGUCUUCUGGGCCAGUCCUUUCCCCUUGUGCUGAAGAAACUCAUAGAGAACCCUCCGAAGAACUUUCUGGAUACAGGCGAAGUGGAAAAAGACAAGACCAAAUUGGACAAAGAUGACAGCCUUGAUGGAAAUUCAUUCUCUGUUUCUGCGGCACUCAUGCCACCUAUCUGGGAUAAGACGAUUCCUUAUGAUGGGGAAUCUUUCCACCUGGAGUACAUGGACCUUGAUGAAUUCUUGUUUGAAAAUGGCAUCCCAUCCAGCCCAACACGGCUUGCGCAGGCAAUUCAAAACCCACUUAUGCCAGUUGCUGAGCUGGAAGAUGAAGAGGAGACCGCUUCCACUUCUGCAUCCCCCGUGUCACCAUCAGGUUUACUGCAAACAUCUGAAAGCAAAGACAUUCCUCUGAAAGAAGAAAAUGAUCCUCCUAGCCCUGCUGACCCAGAGAAAAUAGAGGUGGAAGUAAAUUUCAACCCAGACCCUACUGACCUGGUGCUUUCCAGUGUGCCAGGAGGAGAGCUAUUUGACCCUAGAAAACACAGAUUUGCAGAGGAAGAAUUGAAGCCACAGCCCAUGAUAAAGAAAGCAAAGAAAAUAUAUGUUCCAGACGAUCUGAAGGAUGAAAAGUACUGGAACAGACGAAAGAAGAACAACGUGGCAGCAAAGCGAUCUCGAGAUGCACGGCGGCUCAAAGAGAACCAGAUUACUGUGCGGGCAGCAUUCUUGGAAAAAGAAAACACUGCACUUCGCACAGAGGUGGCUGAACUACGCAGAGAGUUGGGCAAAUGCAAGAACAUCAUUUCCAAAUAUGAGAGCCAAUGUGGACAGUUUGACUUCAGUGAUUCAGAGUGAUUCUUCUUUCAAACCAAUUUUUUAUUUGUUAGACAUUUUUUAUGAGCAAACUUGGUCUAUUUUAUGGACCUAGCAGAAGUGGAACACUGCUUGAACACUUGAAAAUAUCUACUAUUCUACAGCUGAAUUUGAACAUUUGAAUGUGAUUUUUCCAGAGGAAAUGUAUUUUUCUUUUUGAAGAGAAUUAUGGAUAAUGGAUUUGUAAACCUUUUUCAAGCUCCUCACCUUUUUAUUUUUUAUUUCUUUUACCUUGUAUACGGCUGAACUGGACAAACUCCUAUUACAGGUCUAAAUGGUCAGAAGCAAUGAGGACCACUGCACCUUUCCAUAUGAAACCUAUUACAGAUCUGAAUAGUCAGCAUCCCUGAGAACCGCAGUAUCUUCCCAUAUACGAUGGAUGGAAACCUUGAAAUGAAAUUGCACUGUAAACUUAAAAGGGGUUGUAAAGCUUCAAAUAUAAAAAAAAAAUAGAACAAGCAUGUUAUACUUGCCUCAACUGUGCAGCUCGUUUUGCACAGAGUGGCCCCGAUCCUGGUCUUCUGGGGUCCCUCGGUGUCUUGGCUCCUCUCUGCAUCAGCUAACCCUCUUAAUGGGAAGCUCUCUCCCAGGGGGGUUAGCUUGCGGGCGCGAUCCCGUGAUACAGCCGGCAGCCAUAGCUGCCGACUGUAUGACUCGGCACCGCCUCAUUAGUUUGAUUGAUGGCAGCGUUGCUAUCAAUCAUCUGAUUAAUGAGCCAAAAAGCCAGGUCGAGAAGCAUGCUUGUUCACGACGCGGGACUUUCGAGGGCUCAGGUAAGUAAAGGGGGGGGGGGCUGGUGAGCCGGCAAACAUCAGAUGUU